AUGGGCCAAGGACAGAGAGCACCGGACAGAGGUGCAAGACCGACUGGGGUGAGGCAGCCUGCUUUUGUUUAUGCUACACAUCGCCGUGAGGAUAGAGAUGCUCCUGACGUCAUUACAAGUACGUUUUUAAUAUUUGAUGUACCUUAUCUUACAUUGAUAGACAUAGGCUCUACACACUCAUAUGUAGCUAGUACUAUGUCUGAGACUUUGGGAAUUCCAGUCAAGAGUAUUGAUAGUGAAGUAACCGUGUUAAAUCCUUUGGGGCAAUCUGUCCGGGUUAGUAUAUUGUAUAGAGACGUUUCGCUAGAUGUUCAAGGGACAACGUUUCUGGCUGAUCUAAUGGAGCUUCUGUUUGGGGAGUUCAAUCUGAUUCUGAGAAUGGGCUGGUUGGGUAAACAGUGGCUAAGUCUAGAUUGUGCGACAAAAAGGGUUUUCUUGAGGAACGAAGAGGGCAACGAGGUAGUCGUGAUUGGGGAACGAUGA